GUCAAAGAUUCAGGAUGAAAGUGUACGCUACGGUUUUGUUUGCGAUCGUCGCGAGUUGUUGUGCGUUGGCCGAGGCCAAAACGUUCAGCAAAUGUGAACUAGCUAAGGCGUUGGCGAAUAAUGGCAUUGCGAAAGCAUCGUUACCGGAUUGGAUCUGUCUCGUACAGCACGAAAGCGCAUUCAGCACGUCGGCAACGAAUAACAACAAAAAUGGAUCCAAAGAUUAUGGCAUAUUCCAGAUAAACAAUAAAUUCUGGUGCGACUCGAACUACGGUGCGAACGACUGCAAGAUCGCGUGCAGCAGUCUGCUAGACGAUGAUAUUACGGACGACAUCAAGUGUGCAAAAUUGAUUUUCAAGCGCCAUGGAUUUAACGCCUGGUACGGAUGGAAGGAUCACUGCAAGGGCAAAACGCUUCCGAGUGUUAGUUCGUGCUUCUGAAAUGGUGAUGA